UCAUCUGCUCGUUGGUUUCUUGACUCUCAGAGAGAGAGAGAGAGAGAGAGAGAGAGAGAGGGUGUGUGUGCUUGUGUGAGCUUUUAAGAGAAAUACAUGAGUAGCACCUGAUGCAGAACUAGAAGGAGCUCCUAAUGGCAUCUUACUACCCCAACAACGUCACUACUGAUCACAUUCAACAGUACCUAGAUGAGAAUAAGUCCUUGAUUUUGAAGAUCGUCGAGAGCCAGAAUUCGGGGAAAAUGAGUGAAUGUGCAGAAAACCAGGCCAGGCUGCAGAGGAACCUCAUGUACCUAGCAGCCAUUGCUGAUUCUCAUCCACCUCCAAACAUUCAUCCACAGUUUUCUUCGAGUGGCGUUAUGCAGCCAGGAGCGCAGUACGCGCACAACCAGCAAAUGAUGCCGCAGGCGCUCGCGACGAUGCGAGCCUCCAUGCUCUACCAACAGCAGCCUUUCUCGGCACUGCAGCAGCAGCAGCAGCUCGGUGCAAGCUCCGGCGGAGGCACGGGAUUCAACAUCCUCCACAGCGAGGCUGGCCAUUCAGGCAUCGGCCGCUCGGCAUUUGGCGUCGGAGGUGGAGGGUUCCCUGAAUUCACACACGCAUCGACAGGAAUGUCCAGCGGGAGCAAGAACGAUGUGGGCAGUGCGACUUCUUCCGAGGGCCGAGGAGCAAGCUCACUGAGCGGCCCGGGUGGCGGCGAUGGAGAAACCCUUUACUUGAAAGCAGCAGAUCAUGAAGGGAAUUGAAAGGUGAGGAUGGCAAACGCUCGAGCCCACACGAGGCCCGAUGCUAGCUAGCUAACUUGCUUGUUUGGCUUCUGCACAAAAAAGACUGGUUCAUUAGCUUUAUGUUGUUCUUGUUUUCCUAGGUAGAUGUUGCAUUGAGUGCUGUAAAUUCUGUACGUUGAAUUGAAUCACUAUGUGCUUUUGCUCUUGGUUGGCCAACUUCGUUUCUUUCCGUUGCUGAAUGUGACAUCUUGAAGCUGCUGUUCUUUAU